CUCUUUCGAGCUUCAAACGUACACAUAUUUUGGAUAUUAUACAAUCUGGAUAAUCUGUAGCCCACGGGCCGAACAAUAAGGCCAAGAUGUACCCAAAUAGGCAUCCGGGCCCACACCAGCCGGGACAGCCUUUCAAAUUCACAGUAACAGAAUCAUGCGACCGAAUUAAAGAGGAAUUUAGCUUUCUACAAGCUCAAUACCACAGUCUUGAAGUGGAACGUGAGAAGAUUGCACAAGAAAAAACAGAAAUGCAGAGACAUUAUGUAAUGUAUUAUGAGAUGUCAUAUGGCCUAAACGUGGAGAUGCAUAAACAGACUGAAAUUGCCAAGAGAUUGAAUGCUAUAUGUGCCCAGGUGAUCCCUUUCCUUUCACAGGAGCACCAACAACAGGUGGCAGCAGCGGUAGAGCGUGCCAAGCAGGUUACGAUGACAGAACUCAAUGCUAUAAUUGGGCAACAGAUGCAGGCGCAGCAGUUACCACAUACAGCCCAUGCCCCACAUAUCCCAAUGCCACCUCAUGCCCCAGGCCUGCACCCCCCAGGCCUACCUCCCUCUGUCAGUGUCAGCAGUCUGAUGCCCUUCCCUGGGGCACUACCUGGAGUACCACAUCUACCUGGUAUGAAGGACCAUCUUGAUAAAGAAAGGGAAGAGCGAGAAAGAGAACGCCAUAGAAGUUCAGCGUCCCCCAAUGAUCGUGAUAAAUAUCGACCACGCAGUCGUACACCUACAGAAAUAAAUGACAAUGCAGCUAAAAAGAGAAGGCAAGACAAAUCAGGGGAUAGUGACAAUGAAAAACUCAGUGAUCACGAAGAUUUAGUCGUGGAUGAUGAUGGGGCCCCUAACUCUCCUGUCAACGGGCAGCGGUCCCCUCAAGAAAAUGGCCCUGAUAAAUCAUCAUCACACAGCAAGAAAGAGAGCCCUACAAGUCCACGCAGUGAAGCAUCAUCCCACUCUAGUAGCACCCCAUCAAAACACAAGGAGCAGGAUAAACCCCAGACUCCAGUAUCCAAGUCCAUCACCCCUUCAAGUACAGAUAACCCUACUCCUGGGGGGUCGGCUGCAGGCCCCAAGCCACCUUCAGUUGCCAAACCUCCUCCCUUAGUUGCCCCCGCAUUAAGAACUCCUUUAUCUUCUAUGUCAGGAUCCUAUCCCUUUAUGCCACACCCUGGUCACGCGCUACCCUCAGAACUCAGUCCCAAUGCCUACAAUGGGGGAGGACUCCACAAUAACAUCUCACCAGCCAGCCUGAACAACUAUAAUAGGGCACCAGGUGUCAUAGCAGGAGCUGUUGAAAAGUCAUUUGACCCACACCCAGCUAUGAGGCAGCCUACCCUCGGCAACAUUCCCGGAGGAAAACCAGCAUACUCAUUUCAUGUGAGUGCCGAUGGCCAGAUGCAGCCAGUGCCAUUUCCUCCUGAUGCUUUGAUUGGUCCAGGAAUACCCCGUCAUGCUAGACAGAUCAACACGUUAAAUCAUGGUGAAGUGGUGUGUGCAGUUACCAUUAGCAACCCUUGUCGGCACGUCUACACAGGGGGAAAGGGCUGUGUGAAGGUGUGGGAUAUAGGCCAGCCAGGGGGCAAAAGCCCAGUCUCUCAACUAGACUGCCUGCAAAGAGACAACUACAUCCGCUCCAUCAAACCACUGCAAGAUGGCCGCAGUCUCAUAGUAGGAGGAGAAUCUAGCGCUCUUGUUGUCUGGGAUCUAGCUGCUCCUACCCCUAGGAUUAAGGCAGAGUUAACAUCCAGUGCCCCAGCCUGCUACGCUCUGGCUAUCAGCCCCGAUGGUAAGGUCUGCUUCUCGUGCUGUAGCGAUGGUAACAUAGCUGUCUGGGACUUACAUAAUCAAACUCUAGUUAGGCAAUUCCAAGGUCACACAGAUGGUGCUAGCUGUAUAGACAUCUCACCAGAUGGUACCAAACUCUGGACUGGAGGUCUAGACAACACUGUGCGCUCCUGGGACCUACGGGAGGGCCGCCAACUACAGCAACAUGACUUCACCUCUCAGAUCUUCUCCCUAGGUUACUGCCCCACUGGCGAGUGGUUGGCUGUUGGUAUGGAGAGCAGCAAUGUUGAGGUGCUGCACCAUUCCAAGCCAGACAAGUACCAGCUGCACUUACAUGAAAGCUGUGUUCUCUCACUCAAGUUUGCCUAUUGUGGCAAGUGGUUCGUCAGCACAGGGAAAGAUAACCUGCUUAAUGCCUGGAGGACCCCAUAUGGUGCCAGUAUUUUCCAGUCUAAGGAAUCAUCAUCAGUUCUCAGUUGCGACAUCUCUACAGAUGAUAAAUACAUCGUCACAGGAUCAGGUGACAAAAAAGCGACACUGUACGAGGUCAUAUUCUAGUUCUCCAGAGUGAGACAUUGCUUAAACAGAGCUAUAUUGAUGGCUCCGGAAGCACAUGUGCCAGUAUUAGACGCUUGGGAUAUUCCCAAGGUACUUUUAGAUCACAUAGAAUUCAGGUGGAUACUUGCAUGGAUUUACUCAAGAAAUCAUGACAUCAGAAUGAGUGUACACGAUACCUGGUUACAUCACUGAAAUGUGUGCACUUAAAUAUGUGACAUCAUCAGUACGGAUCUAUUGUAGGUGUGAACUUACCAAAUAUUGGUAGUUAGCCACCAAGAGAGCUUAAUUCUCCAAGACAUUGCAGGGGUAGACUUGUCUAUCAAAUGGUGAAACAAGGGAUAGACAACGUUUUGUCUCAUCAUCACCCAGUAUAUUCCACACAAGAAUUGCUCGGGAAAGUGUACAUAAGAAAGUGUAAAUAUGAAAAUAGCUAGCAAACAUAGAUUAGACUGGAAAAUGUGUACAAAUAUUCGAUAUUAAAAUGCCAAGUCAAAUCUGUUAUAAUGGUGUACCCAUUUUAUGAUUUGCCAAUUUGAACUCGGUGUAGACAUAAUACUAAUGACAAAGCCUGAAUGUUGUGUCCUAAACUCAGAAUUGAAUAUAUAUAGAAAUUGAGCAGAACUCUAAAUGACAUUUCACCUGUCAUGUGUAUGCAUGUUGUCAGUGUCCUUAUUAUAGUUGGAAACUCAAACUGUGGUUAUUGCGCAAAACUAAAGUUUGAAUUUCCAUAUAAUUUCAUAUCUGUGUGACAUGAUAAAACAUCUUGAGCGAUAUCAAGUGGAUUAGGGUGUUUCCUCAUGUACACACAUUGUAAAAUUGUAACUGACAUUAAAAUUGAAAUGUUUACUACAAAUAUGAAGUGAAUAAUACUUAUAUGGUUGCUCUUAAAGAAGGCUUCAUGAUUUUCAUUAGAAAUUGUUUCCUGUUAUAUAUCUCGCGAUUUGUUUUCUUAAAAUUUACUGAAAAUCAUGAAGUCUCCAAUAGGAGUCUAUGCAUAUUAUAAAUAAUAUAUAUAUAUAAAUAUAUGUAUAUGAAUAUAGAUAUACAAGCAACAUACAAGUUAUUUCUAGAAUAUGAAGGUCUAUAUGCGAGAUGUGUUGUUAUCUCCAUAGUAACCUGUCCCAGGAGUGUCAUGGUGACAAUGCUUUUACUAAGAGUCCUACAUAUGACCUGCUUACCUAUAACUAAGACUUCCAUUGCAUAAGGAAUAAGAAUAUGUUGCAGCAAAAAAGUGAAAAGUUGUUCUGUAUCAAAAUCAGGGGUUUCAGUUACAUUUGAAACAUCACCAUUACAUUUCAAAUAAACUUAACCCCCCAGACAGGGAAAUGAAUUUUUGGUUGCAGGCUAUUAUUGAGCAUUUUGAAGAAAAGCACUUUCACCAUGUUCAUCUUGUCAGGGAAGUAACCUUUAAUGCAUAUUACCACCCAUAUUAUAAUACCCUGCCCAUCUAUGUAGUGGAACACAAUUUUCCAUGUCAUAUGGAUGAGUGGUUUCACUCUUUAGCAGAGUGUUAUUCUAUGGGUGGAGUGUAUCUAAGAUAAUAUUAAUGUGUUUAAGUCCAUUGAAAGGUGCUGUGUGUAUUAGAAUUACCAGAACCUGUAUGUGUAUGUCAUACAAAAGCCCAUAGUUUUCUCAUUAUGAAUACUGAAUUUCAGAUAUUUUUGGGUGUAAAGAUCAAAAUAAAUGCCAUUUUAUAAUCCUAUUUUCAAUAUAGAAUGCUAGUAUAGAUGGCGUUGAAGGUAAGGUUGUACAUGAAGAUGCUAACAUUUCAAAUUGAUUCUAUCAAUGUGUUCUGCUAGCAGGAUGCUUCAUAAAGAUUUCAGACAUAUAAGACAUUUAUUUUAUGGAUCGGUUAUGUAUGAGAAGUCAACUAACGCAGAUUUACUGGCCAAGGGCUGGCACAUAAUAUGUCUCACCCUGUGUGCUUGUAAGAACCAUUGCCUACUAAUGGCUGUAAAAUGUAUAAUGAAUAGAAUUUAGUUAUGACUUUAUAAAGAAUUAAAUAAAGAACAGAUUAGUUAUUUACAUAAUUGAUUAAGAUGGUGUUUAACACUAAAUGAAAUAUUUCUCUAUGUAUAUCUCGAGUGAUAUGCUCAAAUAUAAGCAUUUUGAUAUUGUUAUUUUCUUUUUGCAUCCCUUACAAAAAAUGUCUUAUAUUUUUAUU